GUUGCAGUUUUUGUUGGAUCCAUGAGGAGAAGCAUCAGGAUCAGACAAGUUCUAAUCGAUGACAGACUUCGGUGCAGAAUGUCCCACUCCACCAACUUUUCCCUCUCCAGCAGCAAGUCUCAGACGUCCCACUCUCGGGUCAGUGGGCACGCCUGCGAGGCUCGAGGGACCACCAGCCAUCAGAUGGAGGAACCUCAGCAGGAGAGCAACUCUUUCAGCCUGAGGGCCUCAGCUCUGAGCAGGAGGCACAGCACUGAUGGGACCGUCAGAUCGAGAUCAGGACCGGCACGGGGCCACGCCAGCCGCUUCCACCCGUACCGCCGACAGUUCAGCGAUGGCACAGCGGAGGCCGAGGACCACCUUCAUCAGAACAGCUCUUCCUUCAACGACCUGCAGGAGGUGUGCAGCCCCGACACCUGCUCGUGCAGCAGCGACGUGCCGACCAUGUGGGAGCAGUACAACGGCAGCAUCCAGAGUUUGUAUACAGAGCCACCGGCUGUACCCGUGGAUCCUUACAGCUCCAUGACUCCAAGUUUUCCAUCCUACAGCUCCGUGAGCCCUCUGCAGCAGGUGCCAUCGAAGCUGUAUCCUGCAGAGAACCAGCCUGACAGCUCUAAUUAUUCCCACCACAGUCAGGAGAGCAGCACACAGUCCCUCUUCCCCAAACCCAUUUACUCCUACAGCAUCUUGAUCUUUAUGGCUCUGAAGAACAGUAAAACAGGAAGUCUGCCUGUCAGCGAGAUCUACAGCUUCAUGACAGAACAUUUUCCUUACUUCAAGACGGCCCCUGACGGAUGGAAGAACUCGGUGCGGCACAACCUCUCCCUGAACAAGUGCUUUGAGAAGGUGGAGAACAAAAACGGGAUCACUUCCCGCAAAGGUUGCCUCUGGGCUCUCAACCCGGCCAAGGUGGAGAAGAUGCAGGAUGAGCUGCACAAGUGGCGUCGCAAAGACCCCCUGACUGUCCGCAGGAGCAUGGCGAGGCCGGRAGACCUCGAUCGUCUACUGGGAGAAAAGCCGGACAAACUGAGAUCRUUGCCACCUUACAGCUCCAGAGGGGGCCCCAUGUACAGCCCGACCUCAUCGCCUUUAGCUCCCGCCCAGCCUCGGUCCACAGGCCAGCACUUUCAGUCCUCUCAGUACGCCCACAUUCAGCGACCCUUCCACCUUCCUCCUGCAGCUGCUCAGCCCGGCAGCUCCUCCGCUCUGUACUCACCCUGUGGACAGCAGCCGACAGCCGGCCUCCCAUCAGCCGACAGAUCUCUGAACUCACCGGUGGCGGGAAAAAGGCCACACAUUUAUAAUGUCGGCAUGCCGACUGAGUUCGGUGUGGGUCCGAGGUGCUUGCAGGACCUACUGCAGGAGGGAGACACCAGUUACGACAUCGACACACUAAACCCGAGUCUAACUGACCUGCCGCUGCAAGAGAACUUGUGGGAAGAGUUAAGGGAGGACACCACCACCGCUUUUGUCCUACAGGACCAYUACAUCCAGACCGGCUGUGCACAAGUCUCGCCUCCCUUCAUUCACACAUCAGUGGGGGUUGCAGGUGAUUUUUGUAAAAAUGAGUAUGAAGACGACGACGCUGACAGAAGCUACUGGAAUGGACAUCAUCCUGUGGGUUAUUCAGGAAUGGAGAGUUUUGCUGGUUAUCUGGCCUCMUGCACUACAUCUGUCUCCUUAAUGUAAAACCUUUGGACCAUCAGUUGUGUGUGACCCUAAAAGAAGAACAACAUUGGAGGCAGUAUUUUAUGACUCUGUCAGACACUUUGUGCAUCAAAUAUUUCAGCUAAAUGUCUUUAUGUUUUCAUAAUAAUUUACUUCCCCGUUUUUUUAUUUAAUACCCUCAAACCUUUAUAAGUAACACAUGAUACA